AUGGAAAAAUCAAUGGAACGUUGGUGGGAAAAUUUUUUAAUAAAUGAAAAAAAAAUAAAUCUUAAACAUAUUCAACCAGAAAAAUCUAUGGAAGAUUUAAAUCAAGAAGAACAAAUGAAAAUUCAUCAAAUGAUGUAUGAUCAAAGACAAAAAGCUAUGGGUCUACCAACAUCAGAAGAACAAAAAUAUGAAGACAUAAUGAAACAAGCAUGGAAUGCUGAAGGAUCACCUUUUAAAGGACAACCUUAUGAUCCAUCCAUAGUUCAAUCGAUUAGAAAAUCUGAAUAA